GGCGGUGCGGAGGGAGGGGGCGCGGGCCGGGCCGCGGAGGACGCUCGAAGAUGGCGGCCUUCUCCGAGAUGGGUGUUAUGCCUGAAAUCGCGCACACUGUGGAAGAGAUGGUUUGGCUUCUCCCAACUGAUAUCCAGGCAGAAUCCAUCCCACUGAUCCUGGGAGGCGGUGAUGUGCUUAUGGCUGCAGAAACAGGAAGUGGAAAAACUGGUGCUUUCAGCAUUCCAGUUAUCCAGAUAGUUUAUGAAACUCUGAAAGACCAACAGGAAGGCAAAAAGGGGAAAACAACAAUUAAAACUGGUGCUUCAGUGCUCAACAAAUGGCAAAUGAACCCAUAUGACAGAGGAUGUGCUUUUGCAAUUGGGUCCGAUGGUCUUCGCUGUCAAAGCCGAGAAGUGAAGGAGCGGCAUGGGUGUAGAGCUACUAAAGGACUCACGAAAGGGAAACACUACUACGAAGUGUCCUGUCAUGACCAGGGGCUGUGCAGAGUCAGGUGGUCUUCCAUGCAGGCAUCUUUAGACUUAGGUACUGACAAGUUUGGAUUUGGCUUUGGUGGAACAGGAAAGAAAUCCCAUAAAAAACAGUUCGAUAACUAUGGAGAGGAAUUCACUAUGCAUGAUACCAUUGGGUGUUACCUACAUAUAGAUAAAGGACACGUCAAAUUCUCCAAAAAUGGAAAAGACCUUGGUUUGGCAUUUGAAAUACCACCACAUAUGAAGAACCAAGCCCUCUUUCCUGCCUGUGUUUUGAAGAAUGCUGAACUAAAAUUCAACUUUGGUGAAGAAGAAUUUAAGUUUCCACCAAAAGAUGGUUUUGUAGGUCUGUCCAAGGCACCGGACAGCUGAGUUGUCAAAUCACAGCACACAGGUAAUGCGCAGGUGGCACAGACCAAGUUCCUCCCCAACGCGCCCAAAGCUCUCAUCGUUGAACCCUCCCGAAAGUUAGCUGAACAAACUCUGAACAUCAAGCAGUUUAAGAAAUAUGUUGAUAAUCCUAAAUUAAGGGAGCUUCUGAUCAUUGGAGGUGUUGCAGCCCGGGAUCAGCUCUCUGUUUUAGAUAAUGGGGUGGAUAUAGUCGUUGGCACUCCGGGGAGACUGGAUGACCUGGUGUCCACUGGGAAGCUGAACUUGUCCCAAGUUAGGUUCCUUGUCCUGGACGAAGCCAACGGGCUUCUCUCUCAAGGCUACUCGGAUUUUAUAAAUAGGAUGCACAAUCAGAUCCCUCAGAUCACCUCCGAUGGAAAAAGGCUGCAGUUAAUCUGCCUUCCACUAGGGCCUGAUAAGAAGGGACACCAGUUCUCCUGUGUUUGUCUGCAUGGCGACAGAAAGCCUCAUGACAGAAAGCAGAACUUGGAAAGAUUUAAGAAAGGAGACGUAAGAUUCUUGAUUUGCACAGAUGUGGCUGCCAGAGGAAUUGAUAUCCAUGGUGUUCCUUAUGUCAUUAAUGUCACCCUGCCUGACGAGAAGCAGAACUAUGUCCACCGGAUCGGCCACGUCGGCAGAGCUGAGAGGAUGGGCCUGGCCAUUUCCCUGGUGGUAACAGAAAAAGAGAAGGUCUGGUACCAUGUGUGUAGCAGCCGUGGAAAGGGGUGUUACAACACCAGGCUCAAGGAGGAUGGCGGCUGCACCAUAUGGUACAAUGAGAUGCAGUUGCUCUCUGAGGCAGAAGAACACCUGAACUGUACCAUUUCUCAGGUUGGAUAUAAAGGGCAGGUCAUUUACAUUGCUUUGUGCUCUGUGUGUGAUGCAGGUGGAAACUAUAAAGGCCAUGUGGAUGUUUUGGCACCUACGGUUCACGAGUUGGCUGCCCUUGAAAAGGAGGCGCAGACGUCUUUUCUGCACCUUGGCUACCUUCCUAACCAGCUGUUCAGAACCUUCUGAUUCUAACACCCCGAGUAAGACUUGAGUGAUGCGGCUGUCGUCCUAAAACUCUAAAACGGCUGUACUGCUUCCAGGCAGCAGCGUUUAUAGUCACUUAAGCUAUUAAUGCUAACUCUUGCAUGUCAAGAAACAUGGAACAUUAGUCAUAGGAAUUCUUCAUGUAAUGGCAACCUAAUGAAAGUAAUAAAUGUGAUGACUCUAA